AUGAGUCUGGGAGGUCCUUAUGUGAACAAGCUCAGCAUCUCCAUCUUCCUGCUGAGCGUGCUGGCGUCAAGAGCCAUAGCCUUCCGGGGGCAGUGGGAGCUGUGGACGUGUAUGACCAAGCACUCAACACACACCAGGAGUGGGGCCCAGCAGCGUGUUUUAACAGGUCCAGGUGACUCUGAGGUGCGUAAGUUCCAGAAGCAACGCAUUAGUGUCUUCUCUGGGCCCCUGGAUUCCUCAGGGAGAGCACAAGAAUUUAAUCCAGAUAGAGAUCAAUUUCACCCAGGAUCAUUUAUCAUUCCACGUCUCCUUGAGACACGUUCUAAAGAGGGACAGAUGGGCCUUGAUGAAAACAAAGGAAAAAACAUGAAGUUUCUGCAGGAAUGCGCACAUCAUGUUUUAACAGAAACGCCUAAUUUCUUUCAAGUGCUGCGGAAGGCAGCAGCAGCUGAAGCAGACACCAUUAUUAGCAUCAUCAUUAUUCUGGCUGCAGCAAUUGCACUCAUCAUCGGUUUCGGUAUUUCAGGGAGAUACUUUAUCACAGUCACUACUCUCACCUCAGCUGGGAACAUCGGAGAGGAUGGAAUCCUGAGCUGCACUUUUGAACCUGACAUCAAACUUUCUGAUAUUGUGAUACAGUGGCUGAAGGAAGGUGUUAUGGGCUUGGUCCAUGAGUUCAAAGAAGGCAAAGAUGACCUGUCAGACCAGGACGAAAUGUUCAGAGGCCGGACAGCAGUGUUUGCUGAUCAAGUAAUAGUUGGCAAUGCCUCUCUGAGGCUAAAAAACGUGCAACUCGCAGAUGCUGGCACCUACAAAUGUUACAUCAUCACUUCUAAAGGCAAGGGGAAUGCUAACCUUGAGUACAAAACCGGAGCCUUCAGCAUCCCAGAGGUGAAUGUGAAUUAUAAUGCCAGCUCAGAGAGCUUACGAUGUGAGGCUCCCCGAUGGUUCCCCCAGCCUACAGUGGUCUGGGCAUCCCAAGUUGACCAGGGAGCCAACUUCUCAGAAGUCUCCAACACCAGCUUUGAGCUGAACUCUGAGAAUGUGACCAUGAAGGUUGUGUCUGUACUCUACAAUGUCACGAUCAACAACACAUACUCCUGUAUGAUUGAGAACAACAUUGCCAAAGCCACAGGGGAUAUCAAAGUGACAGACUCUGAGAUUAAAAGGCGGAGUCACCUACAGCUGCUGAACUCAAAGGCUUCCCUGUGUGUCUCCUCUUUCUUUGCCAUCACCUGGAUAUUCCUGCCUCUCUCCCUUUACCUGAUGCCAAAAUAAUAUGCCUUGGCCACACAGAAA